AGGAAACUCAUGAUCUUCCUCUACCUCUCUCUUUUCAUUAUAAAACCUAGAAAUCCAAAGGCAAUACUUUAUGUAAGGGAUGAUAAAGGAUGCUUAUGAGUCGGCUUUUCAAAAUGAAAUGGCAAACGAGUAAUAUAGGAAGUUGAGGAAACCCAUCAAAAGUCAACGAGCCUUCUUCUCCAACAAGAAAAGACAGGGGAAAGUGUCUUCUUAUGCACAUACUUGAACAAUCUCACCCUCACAAAUAGAGGAGCCUGUAGCUUUCCUCGUGAUCUUCUACCCGCCUCUUCCUUACAGGUAACGCCCUUUCUUCCUUUUCGGGCUUCUUUGAAUUUUGGGCCCUUUGAGUUAUUUUUCGUUUCGGCUCUGUCCCAUAAUCUUUGAUAAAGGGGAAGAGGGAAGAGGUCAAAUUUCAGUUCAGAAGGUGAGGUAUUGAAUAAUGAAUACUAGCAGCACUCAACUUUUAUUUGCCUUUCCAUUUCGAUAACAUAUAUAUUCGGCAGCUUCAAUUUGGCCUGCCUAAGUCUUGUCUUGGCUCAACACCCCUCAUUUCCUGCUCUGUCCUCUAAGAGAGCCAGAGACAUGGAGAUUGAACAUUUUAGCCACCCAGAUCAUCCAUUGAUCCUCAUUAAUCAAGUUCUCGAAUAUAGUUGCGAACUAGUUAUUUGCUCUGGAUGCGAGGGACCGAUAUGGGGUCCUGGCUACAGUUGCACCUCUUGCUACUUCUUUCUUCAUAAGAAAUGCGCCGAGCUGCCCCGUGAGAUCAUGCGGUGCAUUCAUCCUAGACACCCUCUCCAUCUACUGCCAAAGUCACCAUAUAAAGGAGAAUACGGUUGUGAUCGCUGCCAAAAAACUUGCAAGAGUUUUGUUUACCAUUGUUCUGUCUGUGAAUUUGAUCUUGAUAUCAAAUGUGCUUUUCAACCGGGUUUUUUUGAAGUUGAUAGUCAGGCACAUCAAUUUGCCCACAAGGAUCAUCCAUUGAUUUUGAAUGAAGAGCAAGAAUAUCAUGGUGAAGGAGUACAGUGUUGUGUGUGCAAGGAACCAAUGUCUGGUCCUAGCUAUAGUUGCACUUCUUGCAACUUCUUUCUUCACAAGAAGUGUGCUGAGCUACCCCCAGAGAUCAAGCAGCAUUUGCAUCCAGAACACCCUCUUCGUCUACUGCCAAAUCAUGAUAUGAUCUGUGAUUUUUGCAACGAAACUUGCUAUGAGAGUUUUCUUUACUUUUGUAUUGUGUGUGAAUACAACCUCCAUAUCAAAUGUGCUUUUCCACCGUGCAUUGAUGCAGCUGAUCAGAAUCAAAGGCAUCAAUUUAGACGCCUAAUGAAUCCACUUUCAUUAAAAUCAAUCUCCUUCACUUGCAAUGCAUGUGGCACAGAUGGAGAUGACUCCCCAUUUUGGUGCACUAUGUGCCAACUCGUGGUCCACAAAAAAUGCAUUUCAUUGCCACGCACCCUUAAAACGGAACUGCACCAGCAUCCCCGAAUCAUCCACACCUAUCAUCCUCAAAAACGCAUCGAAUCUAUAAACAAGUACUGUGGAAUUUGCUGUCGGGAAGUUGACACAGAAUACGGAGUUUACUAUUGCCCGGACUGUGACUUUGUUGCACACGUGGAUUGUAGUGGAGAAUAUGGGGAUUCUGCAACAGAGAUUGUAGUAGAAAACGAAGAAGAGCAAAGUGUGACUGUUGAUGAUCAAUUCAAUGAACCUAGCUUUCGCGUUGUCCGUGAGAUCAAGCAUGGAGAGGAGAGAAUAAUUGAAGAGAUCGAACAUUUCAGUCAUCAACAUAACCUAAUCCUUACUGACAAGGUUGAUGAUGAUCUAAAGUGUGAUGGGUGCAUGUUACCAAUCUCCACUCCAUUUUAUAGCUGUGCCAGUUGUAAUUUCUUUCUUGACAAAACCUGCAUAGAAUUACCCAGGCGAAAAAAGUGGCAAUAUCACGAAAACCAACUGAUUCUUUCAUGGAGCCGAGGGCCACAUGAUCUGUUCUACUGUAAUGUGUGUAGGCAAUAUUUUCGUGGGCUCAGGUACAAAUGUGAUGUAUGUGCACUCUGGAUUGAUGUCCGAUGCUUCAAAUCAUUGGAAGAUUCCACUAAACAUGGAGGUCAUGAGCAUCCCCUUUAUCUUCCAGCGGACAGAAAGAAUAUACUCCGUUGUAAUAUUGGAGGUCGCGGGCUUCGCCCUUGGGUUGCAGCGGACGGAGAGAAUAUUCCCCAUUGCAGUGGCUGUUGUGUCAGUGAAGAAUCAAAGGUAUUUUUAAAAUGUGUGGUUUGCGAUUUCAAGCUCGGUAUGAAAUGUGCUACACUGCCAUAUAGAGCAAGACACGAGUAUGAUGACCAUCCUCUCUUCCUCACCUAUAUUAAUGCAAAUGACUACCAACCUUCCUGUAUAAUUUGUGAAGAAGAUAGAGACCCAAAGCUCUGGUUCUACCGUUGUGAGGAAUGCGACUUCGAUGCUCAUCCAGAAUGUGCUCUCGGGAAAUACCCAUAUGUCAAGCUUGGGGGCGUUCGCACAUGUCCUAAACACCCUCACCCUCUUGCUUUGGUCGUCAAGACAGAGGAUUAUCCAGCAUGCGAUACCUGUGGUGAGCUUUGCGAUGACUUCGCCCUUGAAUGUACUGAUCCUAACUGCAGUUUUAUCGUCCACAGGAACAGAAAGCAAUGCUUUAACUCGUUAUGGUAA